AUGGUGAAAGGUUUUCGUGGCCAUCUGACAAGCUCACCACGAUUGCGUACACAUACCAAGGGUGUUGUGGGGCCACGAUCGUUGGCACUCAUAGUCUAUACCACAAAAGAUCACAACCAACUAGCUCUCUUUUCUUCUCUCUUCCUUUUUUUUUCCCACCAUCGUUACAGGUACACUAACAAUGGUGUGGAAGGAGAUGAUGGUAAUGUGGAAAGAAACAGUUGUGAGAUGGAGAAAAACCACACCACUUGGCGUGUCCCCAUAGCCGGCAUAAUAGUGUCCCCAUACCCAAUAGGAGAAGCGUCUCUUCUCACAAUUUCGAUCGUCUCAUUUUGUCUCUUCCAUCUCGCUCUUACCUCUGUCGCUGCUACUCUAGCUUCAGGUGAAUUCAUAUAA